GUUUUUUUCUUUCUUUUUCGUUUUUUUUUAACCUAUGACUUUUCUAUGGUCUUAACGGAAUAGAGAAGCACAGUGCCUUGCAGCUGGAGUGGGCAUGUCCCGACUGAACGGGAGCGCGCAGAUCAUCUGAGCUGACAGGUUGCAUCCUUCCAUGCGCAAAAGGCUUUACAGUUUGCCACAGCACGUCGGCCGGAACGCUUCGACCAUGUGCGACGGGGAAGACGGAGACCGGGACGCGCGCCGGAGGAGCAUCAGGAUGAAGCCGCUGCCGUCUCCGGGCGCCGCUGAGAGCAGCAGAAACGCAGACGCGGCGUCCGUGGCAUCGGCGGCGGCGGCGCUCGCAGACCCGGAGGCGGCCCGGGGCGCGAAAAGCAACUCGAACGGCGACUGCCGGAGGUUUCGAGGCAGCUUGUCCUCGCUCGCCGGCCGCCACAGCCACGAAUCGGACUCAGCCGAAGAGAAGCGUCUGAUCGCCGAGGCUGACCCAAGUCCGAGCGAGGAGAGUCCACCCGGAGCGAGAGGAGGAGGUGGAGGUAGUGGCGCUGGUAGCACUGCUGGUGGUGGUGUGGAACCGGGAGCGCGCGGCACUCCAGAACGGUACCCGGGGUUUGCCAAGCUGGACGGCGGCAUUGAGCAUGUUCUGGCCGACGAUGAGAGGUACUACCAGGCGGGUUUCAUGCACAGGCAGUUUGGUGCCAUGCUGCAGCCCGGGGUUAACAAGUUCUCCCUGAGGAUGUUCGGGAGCGAGAAGGCGGUGGAGCGCGAACAGGAGCGCGUAAAAUCGGCCGGAUUUUGGAUUAUACACCCCUACAGUGAUUUCAGGUUCUACUGGGAUCUCACUAUGUUGUUGCUGAUGGUGGGAAACUUGAUCAUCAUCCCCGUUGGCAUCACCUUCUUCAAGGACGAGCACACUCCUCCGUGGAUCGUCUUCAACGUCGUCUCGGACACCUUCUUCCUCAUGGACCUGGUGCUCAACUUUCGCACGGGCAUCGUCAAGGAGGACAACACGGAGAUUAUACUGGACCCGCAGCAGAUAAAGAUUAAAUAUCUGCGCUCGUGGUUCGUGGUGGACUUCAUCUCCUCAAUUCCGGUGGACUACAUCUUCCUUAUUGUAGAGACGCGGAUCGAUUCGGAUUUCUACAAGACGGCACGCGCGCUCAGGAUUGUCCGUUUCACAAAGAUACUCAGUCUGUUGCGUCUGCUGAGGCUGUCCAGACUCAUACGCUACAUUCAUCAGUGGGAAGAGAUUUUUCAUAUGACCUAUGACCUGGCCAGUGCGAUGGUGCGUAUCGUGAACUUGAUUGGCAUGAUGCUCCUGCUGUGCCACUGGGAUGGCUGCCUACAGUUCCUCGUACCUAUGCUGCAGGACUUCCCUCCCGACUGCUGGGUCGCCAAAAACAAGAUGGUGGUUCUGAAUGCCACAGUCCAGAAACACCUGCUAUGGCCGCCUCAAGUGGCCCAGACCUUUGAGACUAAUGAUACGUGGGGCCAGCAGUACUCGUAUGCCCUCUUCAAGGCCAUGAGUCACAUGCUGUGCAUCGGUUACGGCAUGUAUCCUCCGGUGGGAAUGACGGACGUUUGGCUCACCAUCCUCAGCAUGAUCGUUGGAGCAACGUGCUAUGCUAUGUUUGUGGGCCAUGCCACGGCGCUCAUCCAGUCUCUGGACUCCUCACGAAGGCAGUACCAAGAAAAGUUUUGCUUCGGAUAA